CCCCUUCCCAAGAAGUACAGUUUUUUAACAAAAUCCGGAGGCCAGUCAGCAUCACUCGUUCAAUCCAUUCUUUCGGCGCAUAGGCAUAAGACACGCUGCAGAUAUACAAGUAGUGUUAUUUUUUAAAUUUUGAAUACAAUUAUGCUAUUCGCCGUUGUUAUUAUUUUUGUGUUAAUAAUUUUUUGCAUAUUGGACAUCAUCACACCUCAUAAAUAUCCUAUCGGGCCUAAGAGGUUUCCCCUCGUAGGGAGCUAUUUGGAAAUAAGAAAAUUAAGGCAAAAAUUAGGCUUUUACCAUUUAGUUUGGGACCAUUUAUCGCAACAAUUUGGACAAGUUUUUUCUGUAAAACUUGGUAGAAUAGAAGCUGUCGUUGUUACUGGUUACGAUGCAGUUCGUCAAGUUUUAUGUAAAGAUGAUUUUGACGGUCGACCAGACGGAUUUUUUUUUCGAUUUAGAGCUUUUUACAAAAGAUUAGGAAUUGUGUUUGUGGAUGGACCCAUGUGGACUGAACAAAGAAAAUUCUGUAUGCAACAUUUGCGUAAAAUGGGAUUUGGAAGUAUAUCAAUGGAAAAACUUAUAAAUGAAGAAGUUAAUAAUCUAUUAUUGGACUUAAUAAGAAGAAGUGACAAUGGUAAUAAGCCAAUUGAUGUAAAUGGAUUGUUUGACGUUUCUGUUUUAAAUGGUCUUUGGGCAAUGUUAGCGGGUCAAAGGUUUGGUCUUUACGACUCUAAACUAGCAAAGCUGAUGGAACUGACUCAUGUCAGCUUUAGAAUGUUAGAUAUGUCAGGAGGAAUUCUUAAUCAAAUGCCUUUUAUAAGAUUUUUAGCACCAAAAUGCUCAGGAUACAGAGACAUAAAACAUAUAUUACACGAGUUUUAUACGUUUCUUAAGGCAUCAGUUGAAGAUCACAAGCAUAGGGUAAACGACGAAGAAGAUUUAAUAUGUGCAUUUCUUAAAGAGAUUGAAAAAAAUAAAGAAUCAACAAAAUCCUUCUCCGAAGAACAACUAUUAGUACUUUUAUUAGAUUUGUUUUUGGCCGGUUCUGAAACGACAAGUAGUACAUUAUCUUUUGUAAUUUUACAUCUUCUCAGAAAUCAAAGCGUACAAGAUAAAGUCCAUGCAGAAUUAGAUGCAGCAGUAGGAGAUCGUGAAGUUCUUUUAUCUGAUAAAAACAAUUUAACAUACCUUGAGGCCGUGCUAAUGGAGGUUCAAAGGCAUAGCAAUGUAGCUCCAAUAGCUAUAGCUCAUCGCUCAAUUCGAAAAACUAGUUUACAAGAAUAUAAAAUUCCCAAUGAUACACUUAUUUUGGCAAGUAUAUGGAGUGUGCAUAUGGAUAAACAGCACUGGGGUGAUCCUGAAAAUUUUCGACCCGAAAGAUUUUUAAAUGAAACAGGACAAAUCAUAAACGACAGUUGGUUCAUACCAUUUGGAAUAGGUAGAAGGCGUUGUUUAGGUGAAGUAUUGGCUAAAACAAAUGUAUUUAUGUUUGUUGCUAAAAUUCUUCAAAAUUUCGAGCUUAAGGUUCCAGAAGGCGUGCAAUUGCCUGAUAUACACCAAGAAGGAGUUACUGUAUCGCCGUCGCCAUUUUCAGCUCUUUUUAUACCAAGACGUUCGUUUCCGAAUUCAGACAAAAGAUUUUGAUGGAAUGAAAUUUAUUAAUAUCCUUUUAAAUUUAAUUAUUGAUACUAUGUCUUAGAUAUACAGUGUGAUUCUUUUAUGUUAGCCUGUAAAACAAAAAAUGACUGAUUGAUAACAACUUAUGGACCCGUAUUUCAAAAUUUAUUAACAAUUUAAAGUAAUGACUGGCGGUGAGGAGUAGAUGCUACUAAUUUUAUCAUAAGUCAUUUACCGACCAUACUUUUCUUCCCGCUUAGGUAUGAAAUGAGAAUAACUUCCAAAUUACUUGUUCAAAAAUUGUUAUCGACCAGUAAUUUCUAUAAUUAGAUAAUUUUCUAUUUUAUAAGCUAGUAUAAUAUGUAUGUUACCAUUUUAAAAAUAAAAUUCACACCCUUGUAAUAUAUAAGGGAUGGACCUAAAAAUAAUUUUAUAACAGAUAAAUGGAAAUGAGUAUAUUACUAACAAAAACAAAAUUAUUAAAAAAAGUAUUAUUUUUGAGAAAUUGAGUGACUAGAGUUACAAAAAACCACGCUGUAUAAUUCGAUUCUUAAUAUAUAUUUAAAAAUCUGUUGGAUAAUUUAACUAACAAUCAAUCGAUAAAAUAUGUUGUGUCUGAUAUGGAUAUAGUACUCUAUAGAUAGAUAAGUUUUUAUUCAUUGUGUUCUGUUUUAAACUAUAUGUACCAUACCUGAGUAAUUACUAAAAAUAUAAGUUAUGUUAUAGUUUUUGGUUUUAAAAUAUUUGUUUUUAAAAAAAAGAUAAUAUUUAUUUUAAUCAUAAUUUCAAGGUUGGGUGGUAAUUAAAUACGACAACUAGAUAACAAAUACUGAACAUGUAUCUCAAUUAAAUAUUUGAAAAA